GCCAGCUUGUGUGAUCAUGAUGAAGACCCUAACGCUGAUGCUCCUGCUCUUUCAUGUUGCAACUCCAGCAAAAUACUAUGUGGAUGUUGAUCAGCUGAUAUCUUCUGGAAUUCAAAAUAUCGAGGAAUUCAUGGUGGCAGGAAUUGUUGAAGGGGUCACAACAUUCUUCUACGAUGACACGAUGACAACAGCUAAAGUCACACAUGGCUGGAUGAAAAACCUAGUAAAGAAUCACUCUCAACCGUGGGAAAUCUUCAUUCAGGACUGCAUAGACUCCAAGCCCGUCUUCGAAGCUGAAACUGAGAAUUUUAACAAGAGAGCAAAUGAAACAGGAGGUGGUAACGUCAUCCAGCAGGUUGUCGGCUGUGAAUGGGAUGAUGAAACUAACGAGGUCGUUGGUUAUAUACGGUAUGGGAACAACGGGGAAGACUUCAUCUCGUUCGACAUGAACACGGAGACGUGGAUCGCGUCAAACGCACAAGCUGAGACGGUCAAACAGGAGUGGGAUAAAAACAGCGUGCGUAACGAGUUAAGGAAAAACUUCCUCAUAACCGAUUGUCCCAGGAUGCUGCAGAUGUCGCUGAGUUACGGGAAGACAUAUCUGACGAGAAAAGAGCUUCCUUCGGUGUCUCUCCUCCAGAAGACGCCCUCCUCUCCAGUCAGCUGCCACGCCACAGGUUUCUACCCGGACGAGGGCCUGAUCUUCUGGAGGAAGGAUGGAGAGGAGAUCCAUGAAGGUGUGGAGCACGGAAACAUCCUUCCCAACCCGGAUGAAUCCUUCCAGAUGAGUGUUGACCUGAACGUUUCAUCAAUCCCAUCUGAAGACUGGAUGAGAUACGACUGCGUGUUUGAGAUGUCUGGUGUCCAAAAUGUCAUCAUCAUGAACCUGGACAAAGAUGUGAUUGAGAGCAACUACAAGGAACCCGGAAUCCUAGGCAAAGCAGUGAAUCUGUCGGAGAUUAGCAUCGCCGUCAUUGCUGUGAUGGCUGUUCUUAUCGUCAUCAUCCUCGCCGCAUUAGGAUUCAUGACUCACAAAAAGAGGGCGGUUAAUGUAAGACCAGAUACACCAUCCUCUGACACAGCCUCUGACACCAUCUCUCUCUGAAACCAGGCGGUUAAAAGCUGCAUUGUGCACCAGCACUGCAAAAUGACCUAAAUCUGGCGAACAUGAAGAUAUGUGACACAUUUAUAAUUAGCUGAAGAAUCUAAAUUAUGUCUGUUUAGUUCAUUUGUUCAAAACAACUAAAGGUUUGAAGAUCCCUUUCUGUUUGGUAACAGCCAUUUUUUUCUCUCCUCGUUUUAUAUUUAAAUCUACGACGGAGUAUUAGGGCCAAACUAAGACAAAAAAAAUUUGGAAAUUACGAGAAUAAAGUCAUAAUAUAAUGAGAAUAAAGUCGUAAAAUUACGAGAAUAAAGUCGUAAUGUUGUGAGAAUAAAGUCGUAAUAGAAUAAAGUCGUAAUAUUACGAGAAUAAAGUCGUAAUGUUGUGAGAAUAAAGUCGUAAUAGAAUAAAGUCGUAAUAUUAUGAGAAUAAAGUCGUAAUAUUACGAGAAUAAAGUCGUAAAAUUACGAGAAUAAAGUCGUAACAUUACGAGAAUAAAGUCGUAAUGUUGCGAGAAUAAAGUCGUAAUAUUAUGAGAAUAAAGUCGUAAUAUUAUGAGAAUAAAGUCGUAAUAUUACGAGAAUAAAGUCGUAAAAUUCCGAGAAUAAAGUUGUGACAUUACGAGAAUAAAGUCGUAAAAUUCCGAGAAUAAAGUCGUAAUGAAUAAAGUGGUAAUUUAUGAGAAUAAAGUCAUAAUAUUAUGAAAAUAAAGUGGUAAUUUAUGAGAACUCUAACAGGAAGAGCAGUCUUCUCCCUGUGUUAAAAUGAAGAAUAUUUAGCAUCUUGUGAAGUUAUAUUUAUAAUAUAUUACAACUUUAUUCUCGUAAUAUUACGACUUUAUUCUCGUAAUUUUACGACUUUAUUC